AUGCUUUAUUCCCUUUACAGACAAAUUACCGCUUCUGUUGCUUUUCUCCCUCUACUCGAAAAUCGAUGCUCUUUUGAUGUUCUCAUCUACACUUUCAGAGACAUUAAACUUCCAGAGGGAUGGGCAGAUUCAAGCGAAUGUCGAAUUUCUGAUGCCGAACAGGUUCAACUUCGUUCAUUCUCUACAGCAGUGCAUAAUGUGCUGACUAAGGUGCAGUAUAAGGCUGAUAUUUAA